CUCGAUCACGUUCUUCCGAACGCAGUUCAAUGUGUUCGAUGGCAGAUGCAAUGGCUUCUUGUUCGCUUUCGAAACGGUGAUUCGGUGUCGUAGAGUCUUGUAAAGAGUGUAUUAAUUCUAUUGCGUAUCGCGAUUUUCUGUCUGUGCGAAUCGUUUGGUUUCGCAGUUGCUCCUAAAUUGUGAUUUUCGAUCGGACUCGAACGCGUUAGACGUAUCAAUCGUACGUUGCUGUUACAUCUCGCGAACGAUCAUCUUUACAUCGAGUACAAUGGCCGAUGUGGAAGGGAAAAAGCUGACCGAGCUACGAGUGAUAGAUCUGAAAACGGAAUUGGAACGUCGCGGUCUGGAUAAAUCCGGCAAUAAAGCGGCGCUUCUCGAACGGCUCUCCAAGGCAAUAUUGGAGGAGGGAAAAAAUCCUGAGGAGUAUCUUAUUAUACCAUCUGGUGGGCCAUCUAAAGUUCCAAGAAAAAAUGGUGGAGCCUUGAAUCAAGAAGAUUCUGUUGAGUGCUCUGAUAGUCAGAAGGAAGAAAUUAUCGAUGGACAGGAUAAUAUAGAUAAAUUUAAAGUAGAAAUAAAGUUAGAACGAUAUGAUGAAAAAGAAAUUAUGAAGAGAGAAAUGAAAGAGGAAUCCGAGUUUGAGCGUAAGAAUGUUGGUAAGGAGGAAAAACAGGAAGAGAAAAUGCAAGAAAUCAAGACUGUAGAUGAAAAUGCACAGAACAACAAGAAGAAUGAGUUAGACAGGACUGUCCUUAGUCAAACCUCAGAUACGCCAUCUACUACUGUUGAAGCUAACGGAAUUGACAACGAAGAUUCUAUCAACUUGACUAUCGGAGAAGAUGAGGAGAAUCUCCUCGCUGAGGAGACAGAAUCUCAUGACAGGCACAAGGAUGGUGGAGAGAAGAAGAAAAUGGAAGAGAACAACAAGAAGGGAGACUCGAAAGGCAGUGGUAGAGCGGAGCCUGGCGCCAGUGGCAAGGAAGGGACAACAUCUGGUGCGAAUGGGACGAAGAUCAAGCAGGAGGGAGGAGAUGGAGGAAGCAAGAGCGCGGAGUUUAGCAACAAGAAUCAGAAGAGAGAAGAGAAAGAUAAGAAAAUCUCUCAGAUCAAUCCAACCAAUGCAAGCAGUCGCAAUUUAUGGGUAUCCGGUUUAUCAUCCAGUACUCGUGCGACCGAUUUGAAACAGAUUUUUUCAAAGUAUGGCAAAGUCAUAGGCGCAAAAGUAGUGACAAAUGCAAGAACUCCUGGAGCAAGAUGCUACGGUUAUGUCACUAUGUCUUCGAGCGAAGACGCUGCGAAAUGUAUACAGCAUUUGCAUAGAACUGAACUUCAUGGACGUGUCAUAUCCGUCGAGAAGGCAAAAGGUGAUACACAACAAAGUCAUGUACGUAAACGUGAUACUGUUAAUGGUAAAUCAGAGAAGAAAGAAGAGAAAGAAAAGCCAAAGGAUCACGAUAUGAAUGAGAGAAAAGAAAAGGAAGCAAAGAAGGAAUCUGAAGAGAAAGGAUCGGAUGCUACAAAAAAAUCUGAUGACAAAAGUGAAAAUGCUGAGCUGAAGUUAAAAAUCGAAAUGCAAGACAAAAAAGAAGAUCCACCAAAAGAAUCUGAUUCUCGAUCAACAAAAUCUACUAGCAAGAAACCGGAGAGUGAGAGAGGAAGGCGAGAAGAGAAACGGAUUCGUACCUGGGACAGAGAUCACCGAUCUCAUAGUCGAUCUCGGAGUCGUGAACGACGAAAGCGCGAUGAUGUUCUUACAUUUGCGAAGAUUAGAGAAGAACGUGAGCGACAAAGAUUGCGCGAAAGAGAACGGAUGCUCAGAGAGGAAGAGCGAAGAAGGCGAGAAGAUAUGGAACGUCAACGAGAAAUAGAACGUAGACAUCGAGAAGAAGCUGCGCGCUUAGAGAGAGAACGAGAGAAAUUAAGACGAGAAAGAGAACGGAUCGAACAAGAGAAAGCCGAGUUACUGCGACUUGAGCGUGAACGGCAGAAGCUCGAAAGAGAAAAGCUUGAGCGUGAAAGAUUGGAAUUGAAGAGGCAACAGAUGCGUUUAGAUGAGAGCCGACGCGCACCACCGCCUCCGUCCAUAAAGAGAUCGUCCAGCGACAGAAGAGAUCCGCGAGAUUUAUAUGUGGAAUCUGACAGAAAACGAAUGACUACAGAACAUAGCCGUAGACAUAGUCCAGAAAGAAUCGUUGAUAGACGAACUGAGAUGCUGGAUCGAGUAUCAGAUAGACGAAUGGACAUUUCGCCACCAUCUCGAUAUGAAUCUAGCAGAUCUACUCAAGAUAUAGGGUUGAAAAAAGAAUUCAAGCGAAGUAGUGAUUUUUCUUCGAGAAAUAGUCGACCAGAAAGCUUUUCUGACGUUUCUCGAGGAAGAGAAGUUAUCGUACGGCGAGAAAGUCUGUCUACUACAUCCUCGUCAUUAGAUCCACGACAAGUCAAGGAAAGAUAUGAUCGUCCAAAUACUACAUCUUAUACUCGCGAACGUGAAGUACGACGUUCCGAACCCGAGACACAUCGAAGUUCUAGGGAUACUCAUACGCGAUACAGUGAUAGUUUCAAACCACCAGGAUCUAGCACACCACGUGAAAGUCGUUAUGUGGAAAGCAAUCGUACACCUAGCGGUUGGCAUUCAGGACCUACAUCUUCCAAGUCCUUUAAUUCAGUGACGAGCAGCGGAUCUCGCGAUCCUCGCGGUGAGCCUUCUAGCUGGAGUUCUAGAUCGUCCGAUAGCGUUAACAGAUGGAGCAAUUCGAGUAGCAUGGGAAAUACAUUGCGGCAUCCUAUUCCGCCGACAUAUCAGAGCGGACCAAUGCAAUCCAUGGGAUUGACCGCGCCCGGAACAGCACCAUCGUAUGAACGAUUCGAGGCGUACAAAUCAUCCAUGCCCAUGAGAAAAUAUUGAUUAUCGGACUGCGCGAAUUUUCGCAAUCACGAACAUUCAUUCAAGUAACCAAAACAUUCGCGGGAUUUUCAAAACUCGACAAUUACAGGAUAAUAAUUUAACGCGACAUAAAUUGUGAUGAAUUGCUGAUUAUUAAAUAUGAAUUGCAGCGUUCAGUCUUGAAAGUAUAGAAAAUUUAUUUAUCAAUAAUAUCUCUUGUUUGCGCACCAGAUUUGCUUAACAAAUCACCUACGUAUUUUCUCGAUAUCAUGUUUUGCUGCAAUCGAACGAAUUGAUAAUUUUAUAUAAAGUUCUUAUUGUGCAUGUUCACAAAGAAAAUAUUUGUCAAUUGGCAUUUGUACGUGCUCUUUAUCAUUUCUCUUCUAUAUGUGUCCAUUUAGCAUGAUACGCGACACAUUUUCUAAAUCUUUGUAUCUAACGAAAUUUUGUACAUGUGUUAAUAGAUUUCACUAAAGCGUACCUUUAAAGUAAAAGAUUUACUUUCCUAUCGUCAGUUUGUAAAUUGCGCGUUAUUCGCUUGUUUUAUGAAUAUUGAUUAGCUGGCCAUUGAUUAAUUAUCUGCAAUUGACAAACGCAAGGGACGUAGAGGCUAUAAGUACACCUGUUUAUUUUAAUGAAUUUGUUUUAUUAGGAUGUAAUAACGAACAAUGAUAAAAAAUAUGUGCAUAAUUUUCUUGUAUUUCUUGAAGAGAAUCAUUGUAUUUCUCUUCGUCAGAAUAUAGUCGGUCUGUAUAUCGGAUUCCGGGAUCACAAAAGAUGAAUUGUAUGUGUUGAAUAACGCUGUAAACUAAGCCUACUUUAUACAGCGAAACGCGGGAACUCGAUGUAACGGAAACUAUCGCAGUAACGUAAAUAAAUAAAGGUAACACUAA